AUGGUGUCUGGAGUACCUACCCUAGCCUUAGAAGAAGCCCUCGAUCGCGAUCUAGCUGUCCGUGAUCUUCAAGAUAAGGAUAUCACUGCUCAAGAAGAGAAACAUGCUCCCAUCGAAACGCCUCAGCAUGUCACUUCAGGCACGCAAACCCCGGCAUCGAUGGAAAACAGACUCCGUCCGGCAGCAGACAUCAUCAAUCGCAUCAUCUGGGACUCCAAUUAUGACAGCGCAAACUAUAUCAUUGGGUAUGAGGAUCGGUUCGAAGGGCGCUUGGAAGUUGGCAUUUCGAGUCAAACAAUCCAGCCCAAGCCAUAUUCUUCGCGUUUUUAUUCGGCAAACCAUUCGACUCGAGCCGUUCAUCAGCAGCUUCGCAAUAUGGCGCAACGACUCCGCAAGCUCGAUUUCUCGCGCAUGAAGAAACACAACCAUUCGAGCACGUCCUCUGCCAGCUCCCCUAUAGUGCCGGUCCUUGAAACACCUGCUGCGUUCUCGGUUCAAAGCGUCAGUCCUGGGCCAGCCGGUAAGCAGAAGGCUUAUUUUGGUAGACCUCAUGUUAGACCGUCCGUUUUCGUGGAAAAUAUCGAGGAUGAUGAAGUAAAUGCCUCUGCUGCUCAAGGCCACUCUUUGGAAAGCAAGAAAGGCCUAGCCAACGCCGAUUGCGAAGAGGAGUCAAUAUCACGAGAAAAGACCCGCUACUUCGAGGAGAUCUUCAGCAUUCGCAACCCUCUGACCUCCACCAAGUCACGUACGAAUCAGGAGGAUAUCAUUGUAGUUGAGAUUAAAUUGCGCACACGAGUCAAGAAUGACGAGGAGUUUGCUCGCUUGGUAGCCUCUCGGAUGGCCAGCAUCUACCAGAAAUCUGAGAGCCAAUUCAUGAUCAACAUCCAGCAAGAUUCAUAUCUUUACAUGGGCACUCCCAGGUUUCCGGCUUACUUGAUCAAGAUUUUCGCGCUGCCACAACUCAUAGGGCCAGUCACCAAUCUUCGCUGCACCAUUCUCAUUCAAGGGCUCCUCCAAGAGGUUGCCCUCAUUGGUCCGAACAGAGGCGUUGUUCUAUUUUAUCCUAUUCUCGAAGAGAACUUUGCAACAAACGGUGCCACCAUGAUGGGUGAAAUCCCACGGCUCGAUCGCCACAGCUCCGAGGAGCAAGAUCAAGGAAUUUUCAGAAGCAUCACACGGUCCCUGAGCAGACUGAAAUCUAGCAGCACUCACAGUGCACCUGCAUCGGAGGCAACAACUUCUUCGUGGACUGGGGUCAUAGAGCAUCAGAGAGAGAAAAGCACCCUUAGGGACGAUACAUCGGAAGAAGAGACUUCCAGAUCGGUCAGGAAAUCCAGAAGCCGGCGGCAGCGUUUCCUACCUGGACGUGGUAGCUCGGAUCCAUCUCAUCCAGUAGAUCAGAUGUGCAGUGCCGCUGAUCUGCUUUGGUCAAAGUAUGAAGGAUGGGUCUCGCUUCAAUACCUACAGACGCAAUCCAAGAAAUCUGAAUCAUUCAAAUUCAUUGACGCAAUGGAACAGUCCUGUUCUACUGCAGUUGGUAGCAAAAUUGAGGAGAGGGAAGGUAACCUUUUCGAUGCUCCAGAUGGAGCAGCUUUGAUCCACGCCUGUAACUGCCAAGGUUGCUGGAGUGCCGGUAUUGCUAGAAUGUUUAAAACAAAGUAUCCUGCUGCAUAUGCCGUCUACAAGGCCCACUGCGAGAAUCUAAUGAGGUCUCCCAAAACCACCACCGCUCCUAAUGCCAGCGAUGGGAUGAUUCCAGACAAGCGAAUUCUUCUCUCACCCGAGGGAACGGCGCUCAUCAUCCCGCCCCAAAAAAGGGACUACGAAGGACCUCGUGGUAGUAAAAAACACUGGAUCAUCUGUCUUUUUACAUCUCGCAAGUUCGGAAGGAAGGCCAGUCCACCUCCUGUCAUCCUCUCUAACACUGAGCUUGCUGUGGUGGACAUGAAGCGGCAGCUUGAAGAACUUCGGGCUGAUGAGUCGGUUGAGGUGCCAAUCAGUAGACUUUGGUCGUGUCGUUUUAACUCCGGGCUUUUCCGGGUCGAUUGGAGUCUGUCGCGUAAGGUUUUGCAAGAUGCAGGACUGGAUGUUAUCGUUGUUCGUCCGGAGGGCGAGGAGUGA